GUUACAGUGUUCAGAACGGGAGCGGAAAGUGCACAGGGCGCCACCGGAGGCAAAUAAGAGACAUUUAUUCUCAUUAUUUUUAAAAAGAGGACGCUUGGUUUUUUGUAGGAUUAUGGCGCCGUAGGAUUUUGUAAUUCAGACCUCAUUUGAUCGGUUGUUUUGAUUCUUUUUCUGUCUUCAAUCGAGGCCGCUGCUGUUUGGAUUUGUUUUGUUCUGACUUGGCAACCACGACUUUACGGUAUGUCCUCCCAAGGAAUCGCGCUGGACGCCGCAGAUGCGGUUUACCCCGAGAACCAGGAGAACACGCACCCUGCACGGUUACGAGGCACCCACAAGAGCAGGCUGGAGAAUCAUGAGAACGCCAUGCACGCUAAUAAAACAAGCACCAGGACUGUCCUGGGUGCUUUGGCCAACAAUCCACGCCGGCAGCCCGCCUUACGAGGCUCCAAACAGAGCUCUGCAUCCCAAGUUUUGAAGGCGGACGAUUGCAGCAAAAGCUAUGUCGAGAAGCCUGUGGCGAAGCAACCCGCGUUCCAGAUUCAUGUCGAUGAGCCUGAUGGGGCCUGCUCAAAAAAGCAAGCGUCCGCCAAACAAGCCACCGUGGCCUGCUCUCCGUUAACCCUGAAUCCCACAGUAACGCGGCUCAGACAGCCUCUUGCUACCAUCGACCUGGCCAUGGAGCUCAGUUUUGAUUCUCCCAUGGACAUGUCGAUAGUUGAGAGUGAAGAGAGGACAGUGAAUGUAAAUGAAGUCACCGAAUAUGCUGCUGAAAUCCACAACCAUUUAAGGGAAAUGGAGAUCAAGUGUAGGCCGAAAGCAGGCUACAUGAAGAAGCAGCCGGACAUCACGAACAGCAUGCGUGCCAUCCUGGUGGACUGGCUGGUCGAAGUCGGAGAGGAGUAUAAGCUCCAGAAUGAGACGCUGUUCCUGGCUGUGAACUACAUCGACCGCUUCCUGUCCUCCAUGUCUGUCCUGAGAGGGAAACUGCAGCUCGUCGGCACGGCGGCCAUGCUCUUGGCUUCGAAGUUCGAGGAGAUCUACCCCCCGGAGGUGGCGGAGUUCGUCUAUAUCACAGACGACACCUACACAAAGAAGCAAGUGUUAAAAAUGGAGCAUCUGGUGCUUAAGGUCCUCUCUUUUGAUCUGGCCGCACCGACAAUCGUCCAGUUUCUCAAUCAGUACUUCCGCCGGCAAAAAGUCUGCAAUAAAGUGGAGAGCUUGUCCUUGUUUCUUGGCGAACUCAGUUUGGUGGAUGCAGACCCCUUCCUGAAGUACCUUCCCUCUCAAAUAGCUGCUGCAGCCUUCAUUUUGGCAAACUACACCCUGACAGGAGCUUCAUGGUCCAAGCAUCUGACCGAGACAACGGGCUACACUUUAGAAGACCUCAUGCCAUGCAUCAAAGAUCUCCAUCAGACCUACCUCGGUGCUGCUCAGCACGCACAGCAGUCUGUCCGAGAGAAGUACAAGGGCUCAAAAUACCAUGAAGUUUCUCUUCUUGAACCUGUACAAAAGCUGAUGUUGAAUUGACACUAACUUGUGUGUGGGGAAUUUUUAUUUUUUAUUUUUCACUCCUCCUCCCCAAUACAAGUUCCAGACUAACAGGAAUUGUGUAUCCAGUCCUCAUGUUGCAUGAACAUGUAACUGCAAUAAGUCACUGAAUCCUUCCUGUAUGGAGGACAUGGUGAAAUUAGCAUGUGUAUAUUUUAUAUGCAGUCCUGAAGAACUGCUGUUUUUAUGCUUUAUGCAUCCAGAUCUUUUUGUACAGUAGGUAAUCAUUUAAAGCAUUUUUUACUUUUUUUUCCCAUUGAAAGCAACAAGUGGUUUUCAUACUGAUUUUGGAUAUUUUUCCACCUUGAUAUCUGAAUAAACCACUUUUUUUUUCUAUAAGACAA